AUGGCUGAAGGUGUUUUUGCAGGUGCUGUCGGUAUCGAUUUGGGUACUACCUACUCAUGUGUUGCGACUUACGAGUCGUCGGUUGAAAUUAUCGCCAACGAACAAGGUAACAGAGUUACUCCAUCGUUCGUCGCCUUCACCCCAGAGGAGAGAUUGAUCGGUGACGCUGCUAAGAACCAGGCCGCUUUGAACCCAAAGAACACUGUUUUCGACGCCAAGCGUUUGAUCGGUAGAAGAUACGACGAUGAGUCCGUUCAAAGCGACAUGAAGACCUGGCCAUUCAAGGUCAUCGACGUCAACGACGCCCCAGUCAUCGAAGUCGAAUACUUGGGUGAGACCAAGACUUUCUCCCCUCAGGAGAUCUCGUCGAUGGUGUUGACCAAGAUGAAGGAGACCGCCGAAGCCAAGAUCGGUAAGAAGGUCGAGAAGGCUGUCAUCACCGUGCCAGCUUACUUUAACGACGCCCAGAGACAGGCCACCAAGGACGCUGGUGCCAUCUCCGGUUUGAACGUUCUACGUAUCAUCAACGAGCCCACCGCUGCCGCUAUUGCCUACGGUCUAGGUGCCGGUAAGUCCGAGAAGGAAAGACACGUCUUGAUUUUCGAUUUGGGUGGUGGUACUUUCGAUGUCUCGCUUCUACACAUCGCCGGCGGUGUCUACACCGUCAAGUCGACUUCCGGUAACACCCACUUGGGUGGUCAGGAUUUCGACACCAACAUGUUGGAUCACUUCAAGGGUGAGUUCAAGAAGAAGACCGGUUUGGACAUCUCCAACGACGCCAGAGCCUUGAGAAGAUUGAGAACUGCCGCCGAAAGAGCCAAGAGAACCUUGUCUUCCGUCACUCAGACCACCAUCGAAGUCGACUCCUUGUUCGAAGGUGAGGACUUCGAGACCUCUAUCACCAGAGCCAGAUUCGAAGACAUCAACGCCUCUCUAUUCAAGUCUACUUUGGAACCAGUUGAACAGGUGUUGAAGGACGCCAAGAUCUCCAAGUCUCAAAUCGACGAAGUUGUUUUGGUCGGUGGUUCCACCAGAAUUCCAAAGGUCCAAAAGUUGCUAUCUGACUUCUUCGACGGUAAGCAAUUGGAAAAAUCCAUCAACCCUGAUGAAGCUGUUGCUUACGGUGCCGCCGUUCAAGGUGCUAUCUUGACCGGUCAAUCCACUUCUGAUGACACCAAGGACUUGCUAUUGUUGGAUGUUGCCCCAUUGUCUUUGGGUGUUGCCAUGCAAGGUAAUGUUUUCGCCCCAGUCGUGCCAAGAAACACUACCGUCCCAACCAUCAAGAGAAGAACUUUCACCACUGUCGCUGACCACCAGACCACUGUCCAGUUCCCAGUCUACCAGGGUGAACGUGUCAACUGUAGUGAAAACACCUUGUUGGGUGAAUUCGACUUGAAGGGAAUCCCUCCUUUGCCAGCUGGUGAACCAGUCUUGGAAGCCAUUUUCGAAGUUGACGCCAACGGUAUCUUGAAGGUUACCGCCGUCGAAAAGUCUACUGGUAAGACCGCUAACAUCACCAUCUCCAACGCUGUUGGUAGAUUGUCUUCUGACGAAAUCGAGAAGAUGGUUAACCAGGCCGAAGAAUUCAAGGCUGCUGACGAAGCUUUCGCCAAGAAGCACGAAGCCAGACAGAGAUUGGAAUCUUACGUCGCCUCCAUUGAGCAGACCGUCACUGACCCAAUCUUGUCUUCCAAGAUGAAGAGAGGUAACAAGACCAAGAUCGAAGCCGCUUUGUCUGACGCUAUGGCUGCCUUGGAAAUCGAAGACUCCUCUGCUGACGACUUGAGAAAGGCUGAAGUCGGCUUGAAGAGAGUUGUCACCAAGGCUAUGGCCACUCGUUAA